AUGCAUAGAACAGAUUCUUCCUUUUUUCUUUCUUCUUCUUCUUUUCUUCUAAUUCUUUUUUUUCUUCUUUUCUUUUUCUUCUACUUCUUUUCUUUUUUUUUUCUUCUUCUUUUCUUCUUCUUUUCUUUUUCUUUUCUUUUUCUUCUUUUCUUUUUCUUCUUUUCUUUUUUUCUUUUUCUUCUUCUUUUCUCUUCUUCUUCUGGUUUUCUUCUUCUUUCCUUCUUCUUUUUUCUUCUUUUCUUUUUCUUCUUCUUUUCUCUUCUUCUUCUUCUUCUUCUUCUUCUGCUUUUCUUCUUCUUUCCUUUUUCUUUUUUCUUCUUUCUUCUUUUCUUUUUCUUCUUCUUUUCUCUUCUUCUUCUCCUUUUCUUCUUCUUUCCUUCUUCUUUUCUUCUUUUUUUUUUCUUCUUCUUUUCUUUUCUUCUUCUUCUUUCCUUCUUCUUUUCUUCUUCUUCUUUUCUUUUUCUACUUCUUUUCUUCUUCUCUAAAGAGGUUUAUUGUGAUUUGCGUCACACGAUCUCUCUCUCUCUCUCUCUCUAUCUAUCUAUCUAUCUAUCUCAGUCUCUUUCUUUCUAUAUCUAUCUAUCUAUUUCAGACUAUUUAAUAUCUAUCUAUCUAUCUAUCUAUCUAUCUAUCUAUCUAUCUACACACAGACAUACAGACACACACACACAUAUAUAA